GAGGAGGAGAAGAAGAAGAAGUAGCGUUCAGCAUGGCCGCAGGUUGGGAGGCAAAGCUGCAGCUGGUCCAGAGACACGUCCGCGCUUUCCCAGACUUUCCCAAGAAAGGGAUCCUGUUCAGAGAUAUUUGUCCCAUCCUCAAGGAUGCAGCUGCCCUUAAAGCAGUAAUUGACCUGUUUGAAGAACAUGUGAGGAACAAUCUCCAGCACGUGGAUCUGAUUGUAGGUUUAGAUGCUCGUGGUUUCCUGUUUGGGCCUCUGCUCGCCCAGAGGCUAGGUGUUGGCUUCGUCCUGGUCAGAAAGAAAGGCAAACUGCCCGGAGCCACUGUUUCUGUCUCUUAUGAUUUGGAGUAUGGCAAGGCAGAAGCAGAGAUCCAGGAGGAUGCUGUGGCGCCAGGACAAAGGGUCCUGCUCGUCGAUGACCUCCUGGCUACUGGAGGGACGCUGCAUGCUGCCGCCGAGCUGAUGAGGAAACAGCAGGCUGAGGUUCUGGGCUGCAUGGUGGUCAUCGAGCUCAAAGAGCUAAACGGCAUCGACAAACUCAAACCACACAGAGUCUUCUCCCUGCUUCAGUACUGAGGACACUCGACCCAGACAAGAAAUCUCUUAAUUUUACAGUAAUUUUGUUUACAGGGUGUAGCUGCGCCCCGUUAUUUUAAUGGGAUGUUACUGGAAGUACAGUACGUCCAGUGUCUGAGCAGCAUCCAAGUUUACUUUCCCUCGGCUCAGAAGGCAGGGUGAGUUUGACCCUGAGAUCAGGGAAGUCUGGGUUCAUGUUCAGUCGUGACGACUCUGCCACUGGAAGGCAGCUGCUAGUCACGAAAUAACAGGGAGUGCAGACGAGACUGAAAUGACUAAGAAUACAAAAGAUGCAGCACAUGAACACGCAGCAGCCUCCAUCAAUGUAAUGACUGAAAAAAGAAACGUUCCACUGGAAAUGACCAAAACCAGCUUUACUGGGUGUAAGUUUGCAAUAAAGUGUACAACACA